CUUCAGUUGGCAUUUUCAUUGUCUAUCCGCCUCCCACCCACCAGACGGAACGCGCAUCAUGGCCGAUCCUCUGCUCACGUCUCUCUGCGCCAUCUGUCACGUCUCCGCGCCCAAGUACAAGUGCCCGCGGUGCAACAUCCAAACGUGCUCGGUCCAGUGCAUCAAGAAGCACAAGGCGUGGUCGGAAUGCAGCGGCGAGCGCGAUCCCACGACGUACGUGCCGCCGACGCAGCUGCGCACCGUCGCCGGCGUGAACCACGACUACAACUUCCUGCACGGCCUCGGCAUGUCCAUGGAGCGGACGCAGCGCGUCCUGGUCGACGACAGGAAGAUCAUGCGCGAGGAGGACCUGCGCCCCAAGACGGUGAUGCAGCCCAAGUGGACGACGGGCCGCGACGGGAGGAAGAGGAGGACCAUGGUGCCACGGCAGGGUGGCGGCGGUCACGGCGAGGCCAGCAGAGAGAGGAGGCUCGAGCGGCACCUGGCGCAUAGGCUUAGGCAGCUCAACGUGCACGUUGUGUGCGCCCCUCUGGGCAUGGCGAGGCAGAAGGAGAACAACACCACGUUCAAUCGCCGCACCGGCACCGUCAACUGGCAGGUUGAAUGGCUCCUGCUCGACCAAGACCAGCGAUCCGCACCCGACCACCAGGCCCGAACUAUGCCGACGCGGCUUCUAUCCAAGGUACUCGAGGACGUGCCACUCCACGAAGCAUACCAAGAAGCGCGGGGCGACAAGGACAAGACCGGACAGCCGAAGAAGGCAAUGAGCGACAAGCGAACGAGCGAACCGCAGCAGCCAUAUACAUCUAUCUGGAACUAUCUUGCCUACCCAGUGCAGGAGCCCUCGUCCGGCCGCUGGAUACCCGGACAAGGCGUGGAUACCAAGGCGCCUGCAGAGCCGACGACGCGGCGGCACGAAUUUCAGUUCUUCCUCGCGGGGCCCCCCGCACGAUCAGACGCCCCUCGGACAGUCACGUCGCUGGAGCCGGGGGACUGCCUGCGGACCAUCCUCUCCAAUACGACCGUUCGCGAAUUCCCCACCGUAUACGUGCUGAAGAGCGGCGAGGCUCUUCCCGCCGGCUUCGCUCUGGGGCCGAAGGAGCCGGCGCCCUCCUCAUGGCAGCAGGGCAAGAAACGAACGACCGGCCCUGGACGUGGGACUGACCAGGGUGAUGACAGGGCCUCGAAGCGGCGGAAACAAGACGAAAAGGACGUUGCGAAGGCUGAAUCCGGAAGCGAGGAGGGCGAGGCGCAAGAUGACGAAGAGGCGGUCGAUGGACCCGGGGGCGAGGGGGAAGAGGCUUUGGAAGAGGGCGUCGAUGAAGACGACGGCGAGGAGGACUCUACCAGCAGCUCCGGGACGGACAGCGAAUCCGACUGAUGCCAUGGUAGCUUGUAUCCCAUACUUUCAGGCACGAGCGGUGCAGACAGCGACGAUAUCGUCGCCCGGCAUUAGAUACCCAGUUGCGCAGACCUGAUCACCACGUAGUGAGUGUGCGACAUGCGCAACUACAUAGAAUACCUUCU